AUGAAUGGGUGUACUGAUAAAGAAGAAAAUGCCAAUAUAAAUGAACACCUCGAACCAACAGGUUCUGACCGAAUAGCUGCAAAUAGUGAAGAUGAAAUAUUCAUCAAUGAGAGGAGUAGUGAACCUGAUGUGAAGGAUGUUAGUACCGGAAGUCAAGAUGUCUUAUCGAAGAUUGACAGUAAAGACCACGGCGAUUUGAGAGUGGUUCUGUUUAAUGUUAAUGGGAUAAAGACGUUGUUCAAUUAUCACCCAUGGAAUAAUAAAUCUCUUCAGACAGUACUACAAGACCUCAAAGCAGACAUUAUAUCGCUUCAAGAACUCAAACUAGACAAAGAUUCUAUCAAUGAUAUGAGUUUAAAGAAUUAUAGAUCGUUUGUAACGAUACCCAAAUUAAAAAAAGGAUACAGUGGAGUGGGGUUGUUCGUGAGGAUACCCAAGGAUGAAGAAAGUGAUUUGGUAAAGUACAAUCUAAACGUUGUUAGGGCUGAAGAAGGUCUCACAGGAUUCUUAAAGGUUAACAAAGCCAGAUUCAAAGAUUUGGAUGGAAUUGGUGGAUAUCCAGAUAUGGAAGAAGAAGAAGCUUUGAAAAUUGACAGCGAGGGGAGAUCCAUAGUUAUUGAAUUGAGUAAUAACUUGGUGAUAUUCUCAUUAUAUUGUCCUGCAAAUUCUAUGGGAUCCGAAGAAGGAGCUGAUUUCAAAUUGAAAUUCACGAAGAUUUUGCUUGAAAGGUGUAAGAAUCUAAAAGAGAUGGGGAAGGAGGUAAUGAUUGUGGGGGACAUCAAUGUUAGUUUAGACUUGAUAGAUCGUGCUGAGAAUAUAAGCGACCUUCUCAAACAGAAAAGGAUCACUUAUCACAAUGAAGGGAUCAUUUUUGAACAGAAGAAUCUACCACAAUGCAUGGAAUUCAAAUUUCUGAGUGAAUCGAGAGAGCUACUCAACAAGUAUGUUCAUCCAACGAUCGGUGAUCAUCCAGGCGUUAAGUUUGAUACUCAAUUUUUGUAUGAUACAACUAGAGUGAGAUUGGGGAGGAAAAUGGGAGUUUACACCGUAUGGAAUACAAUGAAAAACUCAAGACAGACUAAUUUUGGGUCUAGAAUAGACUUGAUUUUAUCUAGUAGUAAGAAUUUCACUAAGAGUAAUGUUUGGCCAUUUCUAAAUGGAUCGGAUCAUUGUCCCAUCUUCACGGAUUUCAAAAUGACCCAGAAUGGAGAAUAUGUUAAUAAAAAGCUCGAAUUUGAAGUGAAAAACUUUUACAAACUUGUACGUCAUCAUGAUAUUUCCACCAUGUUCAAGUCUGUCAAAAGAAAACAACCAAAUUUGGUGGAUUCUGAAGAGAAAGCUGUCUACAAAUCUCGUAAAAAGAACGACCAGCCAGGUAUAAGCACCUUCUUUGCAUCCAAAUCACAAAUAGAAUCACAAAAGCAGAUUGAAAUGGACAUAGCCAGUCAAGCCAACAUAUACGACUCUCUGAAUCACAUCAAACCAGGCCCACAGAAAAACGAUUUCAGAAAUACAUUGGAGAAGCCUCCGAAUUGCAAUCAUGGUAUACCAUGUCAAUUAAAGACAAGUCUUAACACUAAAUCAAGAGGAAAGAAAUUUUGGUGCUGCUCCAAACAGGAUUCAUUCGAAGACGGUAAUUGCAACUACUUUAAAUGGUUCAACAAAUGA